AUGGCCCCGGCCCCCGCCGCCGCCGCCGCGGCUGCCGUGCCGGGGGCGGCGGCCACCACCACCUGGUCCACGUCAGCGGACGCCGCGCGCCCCACCGCCCCCUCCCAAUCGCCCUCCCGGCGCACGGUCCCGGGGCUCCUCGUUUUCUUCUCCCUCGCCGCCCUCCUCAUCCUCUCCUCCGGCGACGACGCCGCCGCCUACGAGGCCGCCACGUCCGAGCGCCCCCUCAAAGAUGUUAGUUUGGAGCAUCCAGAGUUGACAUUUGCUCUGUCAUCCAUCGGUGGAAAAUUUUGUGAGCGAAUCCGCGUAUCUGGAAUACCAAGGUGGCAGCUUCAAAGCUAUGCAAACCAAAUACAUGUUGGACUGAAUGUUUCUCAUUCAAUGCCAGAAAAGUUCCACUGGAAAAUUGGUGUUUGCUUUCAUAGGAAUGUUUCUAUGGGUUUGUGCGAAUGCGAGACGGGUGACUGGCAAGUUUUGCAAGAUGGCAGGUGGAAUGCUGUGAAGUCACCAUAUGGUAGCAAAUACGUUGACGUGAAGCUGGCUGAUAAGAAAUCUACUGCCUUCAGCCUUUCCAUUCAGGAAGAGCUUCAGAAAUGGCGUUUAGCUUGCCUUGUUAUUGGAUUUGUUCUGCUAUUCAUAUCACCCAUUGUUAGUAAAUGGGCACCUUUUUACUAUAGCAGCUCUAUGGCUCUUGGAAUCCUACUUGUGGUGCUGAUUGUCCUUUUCCAGGGAAUGAAAUUGCUACCAAUGGGCAAAAAAAGUGUAUUAUACCUUACAAUUUAUGGAUCUGUGUUAGGUGUUGGCUCCUACGCCGUACACUAUUUCUCCACAUUGGUUGCCUCUAUUCUGGAAAACUUUGGCUUGAGCGAGGAGAUGCACAACCCUGUGUCCAUCUUCCUGGUGGUAGCAGUUGUCUUGACUGGAGCUGGUUUUGGCUAUUGGAUGGUGAGGAGAUUUAUCAUUUCGAAAGACGGGAGCGUUGAUGCUGGGAUAGCACAGUUUGUGAAGUGGGCUAUGCGUGUUGUUGCAAUAUUCUUUAUUACACAGAGCACACUUGAUCCUAUUCUAGCAUCGGCUGCUCUUGCUGCUUGCUGGUGGAUUUGCUCUGUAUUGACAGCAAACCGCAAGCCAAUGACACGGAAGCAAAAGCAAUCAAUGAUUUCUUCUCCUCCAAGGUUUACUCAAGUAUCACCCAACAGCCGCCAGGUCCAGUUCUUAAGUCCAUCAUCCAGGGCAGGUAUUGGAAGAGUCACAUCAACCAGUUCAGCCACACAGUAUGGUUGGAACAAUUUAGCCAAUGGAGGUCCACCCCCCUCAACACUUACAAGAAGGGUAGCACCCAAUCAAGAUGAAGACUACUACUCCACCUUCCACAAUAUCGAACCACGGAAAUAUUCGAAGAGAGAAUGGAAGGAUUUCACCGAGGAAUCGACCAGAAACGAACUGAUGAAACACACAGCUACGCCAGAGUUUGCCCAAUGGGCUGCUGACAAUGCUCACCGGGUGCGGGUUGAGCGAGAUGAUGCAUCGGAGGAUGAGACGAUUGAGAGCUCCUCGAGCUCUUCCAAAGAAACCGAGGAAGUUGAUAAAGCUUCUGGCCUGUUCAGGUGGCUUUGAUAUUGGACACAGACUGAGCUAGCUCAGCGUGCUGCUUUUGUGCACGGUGUGUAUAAGUAGGAAGACCGGAUUGAAACUUGGUAGCAGUAGGGGUGGUAGUUUAUCAAUGUAGGCUGUAGUUGACUUAACCUCUCAAUUCAACUAAUGCUAGGCAGUUCAUCCAUGGAUUGUUUGUCGUCAGUUGAUGCAUGCAUCAGAGGACUUGAACUGAUGCGACUUCUAAGUGGAUGGAUUAGAAACAAUUCUGUCAUUGUCUUGUUGAGAACUUCUUGUCGCCCCCUUUCUCAGAUGUAGAGUAGCAUUUCAAGGGUCACCGUAAUCUUAUUUGUAUGAAUUUAAGCUUGUAUGCCAAGGUAAUGCAAAGAACGUUGGUAAUUCUUGUUUA